AUGUUACCUAAUGAUGAACAAUAGAGAUUAUACUAAAUGUUCUAAUAAAUGGCUGGACCUGAUCCAUAUGGUAGAAUGCUUCAAGUGCCGAAUUCUCCUUAUUAUCCUUGCUGGGGCCCUCCAUUUCCUUAACCAAUUAUGCCACCACCACCCCCUAAUCAAAAAUUCUAAUUCCCUGAGCAGUUGGCACAUGAAUAAGCACUUUAGAUGAACUAACUUCCACCCAAUUAAAGUGGAUUAAACCUAAAUGGAAUUAACUAGGGUUUAUAAAACAUGCCUCCAAUGCCCAUGGGUUUGCCUCCAGGUUUUGGGAUGCCCCCAUUAGGUCCUGGUUAAAUGGCAUAAGGACCUUUUGGAGCUGGAUCAAUGGGGCCUCCUCCUAUGGGUGGAAUAACUGGAAUGAGUGGUAUUGGUGGAAUGAAUGGGAUGGGACCAGGUGGUAUGCAAUUACCUGGGAUGGGUCCAAUACCAUAAGGACCCAUAGGUUAAAUGCCACCUUUCGAUUUUUAAUUCAAACAACAACCUCCUAUGCAAUCACCAAUGAAUCCAAAUUAAGUUAUGGCACCGCAAUAGCAACCGAUAUAAUAACAACAUAUACCAUAACAACAGCAAAUAUAAUAAUAACAGGCUCCUUCUUAAUAACCAUAGUAACAAUCUUCAGGAUAACCAAAUUAAUCCAAUCAAUAAAAUUUGGAAUAGGGAUUCUCACAAGUAGUGAAUGAGUUUUAACUUAAAAUUUUAAACAUGUUUGUUAUGCAAAACUAAAUGCUGUUGGAUUUUAAGAAUAAAAAUGCGAAUUUGGAAAAUACCAUUACUUCAAUAUUAGAUGAAAUAUCAAAUCUAUAAAAAAUUGUUGAAUCAAAAUUUGAUAAUGUGUAGGCAGAUGAUUUCAUGAGUAGAUUAUCAAUACCAAAUUAAGAAAUGACAUAAAAUAAUAUUUUAUUAAAGUCCUUAUAAUGUAACUAGAGCGAUUUUCAAUAUUAACUAGUAUUGACAAACGAUUUGGAAUAGCCAUUAUUUAAGGAUAAAAAUUUCAAUUUAUAUAUUGCUCUUAAAGACAUGAAAGGAAUGAAUAUCAAAAACCAUAAUAAAAUAGAAUUGGAGGUUCAACUGUAUUCUUCAGAUGAUAAGCCUGUGCUUUUGAUAUCAAAUUCUUAAAACUAAGCCAUUCUGAGAUAACCUGAAGAUAAUAUAUGGCUGGAGGAAGGAAUAUCAAAUAUUGAAAAACUACAAAUAAAUGAAGUAACUUCUCAUUAUUAGAAUGGCUGGAUAUAUUUAGUGGUUUAUCCAAUUAAAAACGAUAAUAAAAUUGUUUAAAAUUCAAUUAGUCCUUCUUAAAUAAAACCGUUGAUUUAUAAAGUCAGUGUAAAAUCAAAGAAAACUUAGAAAAAGUCAUCCCGUUCAAGAUCGAGAUCCCAUGAAAGAUUACGUAGACUGGAAAAGUUGGAUGAUAGAUCAAGUUCAGAAUCUGAAAAUCACAUCUAAUUAGAAAUAAAGAAUCUUGAUGUUAAUGAUGAGAUUUAAUAAGAAAAAGAGAAUGAUUAGGAUGGAGAGUAAAAGUAACAAUAAGAAUAAUAGUAAAAUAAUGAAUAAAAGAAAGAUGAGGUGCAUUAAAAUAAAGAAUCUGAUCUUUGA